UUUCAAUGACCUUGAUAUUUUCGACAGCCUUUGUUAAUGUUAUAGUUUUAUAUGGCUAGUUUUGCAUUAAUUCAAACAAAUCGAUUACUAUAUUAAUAAAUAAACUAAAAAUAAAAAAUGAACCAGGACAAAGAAAAAGCAGAUCAAAAAGUUGGUGGAGAUGGGUUAACGAAAAAACAAAGACGAGCUUUAAAAGUUAGUGCAAAAACUGCAGGAACUUCUCCCAACGAAAUUUUAAAUAAUAUACAUAUUACUAAUACAAAAGAUAUUAAGAAAGAUGUAGUUUUCAAGAGUAAUGAAAAUGUAAAAUGUCCUACUCAAAACAAGCCACAAGUGGUUACUGUAGAAAAACAUUUUAAAAGUGAACCUUCUGAAGACAAACCGAGUAUAGAUAGAACAAAAAAUGUAGAUAUCAAAGGUGAAUUAAGUAAAGCUGAAGUAAGAGCUCAACGUCGAGCAAUUCAAGAAGCCCAGAGAUUAGCAAAACAGCAAAAAACUCAAGAGAAAAUAGAUAAAGCUGAUGAGAAAAAACCUCAGAUAGUAUCUAAAGAUAAGGAAAAGCCUAAAGUUGAAAAAAAACCUAAACUUAAAGUUGCCCAGAAAAUUAUAAAACCAAAAGAAACUAAAGUUCAGUUAUUUAGUCAUCUGUCUGUUGCAACAAAAGAGAAAGGGAGCGUAGUAGUGGAAGAAGUUCACCCAGCAUUUGUUAGAUUAGGAGCUCAGUAUGCAUCAAAAACAAUUUUAGGUUCAAAUGCAAGAUGUUUGGCUCUUCUUUCAGCUCUUAAGUCUCUAAUAGAAAGUUUUGAAAGCCCCCCAGAGCAGGAGUUUUGUAGAUCUUUAGAAGUAGCAUUGCAAAAUUGUGUUAAUUAUCUUCAAAUAUAUAGACCUAUUGCUGUCUCAAUGACCAAUGUCCUUAGAUAUUUUAAAUUGGUUCUGGCUGAGCUGAAGACAAAUCUUCAAGAUAUUGAAAAGAAGAACAGUUUAAUUAAAUGGAUAGAUGAUUACAUGCACGAUGAAAUUGGAAAAGCAGGGGAGGCAAUAAGUAUGAAGGUAGAAGGAAAAAUAUCUAAUGGUGACACUAUACUUACUUAUGGCUGCUCGUCGUUAGUUCUACGAAUAUUAUUAGAAGCACACAAUAAAAACAAAAAGCAGUUCAGGGUUAUUGUAGUAGAUGCUAAUCCCCUUUUUGAAGGAAAAGAAAUGCUUCGUAGACUGGUUAAUGCUGGAAUUGAAUGCACUUAUGUACUGAUAAACGCUAUUAGUUUUGUAAUGAAUAAAGCUACUAAAGUACUUUUGGGCGUCCAUGCUCUUCUAGCAAAUGGUUAUGUUAUGUCCCGAAUAGGAACUGCACAAAUAGCUCUUAUUGCAAAGACAUACAGUAAACCCGUUCUUGUUUGUUGUGAAACGUACAAGUUCUGUGAGAGAGUUCAAACUGACUCCAUAGUUUUUAAUGAGAUUGGAGAUCCCAACGAGUUAAUAAGGCCAUCUGAGAAGAAACAAGCAGAUAACGUGAAUGCGAAAUUGACUCAUUUAAAUUUAAUGUAUGAUGUUACCCCACCAGACUUGGUGACAGCUGUUGCCACCGAACUUGCUAUUUUGCCUUGCACAAGUGUACCCGUCAUUUUACGUAUAGAUCUUGAAAAGUCGAAAAAGUGACACAGUUGUCAAUGGCUAAUACUUGAGCAGCUUCUAUUUUGAUCUAUUUAUUUUUAUUACAUAGCAAUAUAUAAAUAAAUAAAU